AUGCCUUCCUACGUCAUCGUCGGCGCCUCGCGAGGCAUCGGGUACCAGUUCCUCAAGACGCUCUCCACCAAUCCCUCCAAUAUUAUCAUCGGCCUAGCCCGCACCCCAUCUGCCGUCCGGGCCAAAGUAACCGCCGAUACGCUACCCAACGUGCACAUCCUGCACGGGGACCUGACGGAUCCGGCGUCCCUCAUCACCGUGGCCAAAGAAGUUUCGAAGCUCACCGGCGGUGCAGUGGAUCAUCUGAUCAUUAACGGUGCCUAUCUCUCCGAGCAAACGAUGUUCAUGAAACCCGGCGACUUCGUCGGGAAGGAGACGCAGUUCCUGGACGAGCUCAACGCGAGCAUGCAUACGAAUGUCGCCGGCGCACUGUACAGCGUGAACGCUUUCAUCCCGCUUCUGAAGAGCUCCGCGAUCAAGAAAGUCGUCGUUGUUUCCUCCGGCAUGGCUGACCCGGGGAUUAUCAGCGUCUCAGAGAUCGCGGAAUCGAUCCCCUACGCCAUGUCCAAGGCGGCUGCGAAUAUCCUGGUGGCUAAAUACGCGGUCGAAUACAAGAAAGAUGGGAUUAUCUUUCUGGCGCUGAGUCCGGGGUAUGUGCAGACGCGGGCUGAGGAUCCUGAUAACGUCCCGCCUGAGCUUGCUGCAGCCCAGGCUCAUUUGACUGAGCAGUUCCGCAAGUACGAGCCCAGCGUCAAGGGACCGAUCACGCCGGAGGAGAGUGUGGAGAUGCAGUUGAAGGUUAUUGAGGGGAUUACGAUGGAGCAAUCUGGGGAGUUCUUGUCGCAUCUUGGGACUAAGCGAUGGCUUUGAAU